GGCACGCGCGCCUCUCGCUGCCUAGCCUCUGUCCCGGAUCCUUUGCCGCAACGUCAGCGCCGCCGCCGCCGCCGCCUCUUUUCCUCAUCCUCCGCCUCCUCGGCCUCUGCCUCCUCUUCCUCCUCCGCCCCCUCCUCCUCCGCCGCCGCCGCCGCCGCCGCCUCCCCCGCCGACGCGGCGCCCGGAGCCCGUGCCCAGCCCCGGGCCGCGCGGUGCCAUGCUGCCCCGGCGGCGGCGCUGAAGGAUGGCGACGCCUGUCCCUCCGCCCUCCCCGCGGCACCUGCGGCUGCUGCGGCUGCUGCUGUCUGGCCUCGUCCUCGGCGCGGCCUUGCGCGGUGCGGCCGCCCGCCGCCCGGAUGCAGCCGUCUGUCCUGGGAGUCUGGACUGUGCCCUGAAGAGGCGGGCCCGGUGCCCCCCGGGUGCACGUGUCUGUGGGCCCUGCCUUCAGCCCUUCCAGGAGGACCAGCAGGGGCUCUGUGUGCCCAGGAUGCGCCAGCCUCUGGGGGAGGGCUUGCCCCAGCCCAGACUGGAAGAUGAGAUCGACUUCCUGGCCCAGGAGCUAGCCCGGCAGGAGGCGGGGCACUCCAGGCUCACGGCCCCACCCCAGCCUGAGGGGCGACAGCGGCUCCUGGAGGCUGCAUCCACCCUGGGGCUCUCAGAGCGUGGCCGGGGCCCCAACCUGGGCCUCCCCUCCACGCGGGGGGCGCCCACGCCCCGCACCUUCUCCCUGCGCUCCACUGUGUCAUCUGGGCCUGUGCACAUGUCCCCGCUGGAGCCGCGGGGCGGGCGCGGUGACAGCCUUGCCCUCCUGCUGAUCGUGGCGUGCUCCGUGGCCGGCGCGGCCAUCCUUGCCGUGGCCGUUCUCUGCUGGUGUCGGCUGCAGCGAGACGUUCGCCUGACCCAGAAGGCCGACUACGCGGCCCCGCAGGCGCCCAGCUCCCCAGCCACGCCCAGGAUCUCGCAGCCCGGGGACCAGCGGCUGGCGCACAGCGCGGAGAUGUACCACUACCAGCACCAGAGGCAGCAGAUGCGGUGCUUGGAGCGGCAUAAGGAGCCCCCCAAGGAGUUGGACUCUGCCUCCUCUGACGAGGAGAACGAAGACGGCGACUUCACGGUGUACGAGUGCCCCGGCCUGGCCCCGACUGGAGAGAUGGAGGUGCGGAACCCACUGUUCGACCACGCCUCGCUGUCCGCGCCCCCGCUGCAGUGACCCGAAGGCUGGUGCCCACCCUCUCGUGGACGCGCUGCCCACGGGUGGGGAGGGGCAGGGCCCAGCCUUUCCCAUUACAGAGACUGUGUCCUGACGCGCUCGUGUGCUUGUGGCUGGGGCCCCGGGGCGGCCGGGAACGCCUUGCCGGGGAGACUCCCCCUGCUGCCAGGGGCCUUCUCUGCUCCUUGCACCUGCCCCUCACAUCUGGACCCCCCCAGUCGAGGGGAGGAAGACAGCCCGAGAGGCAAGGCAUGGAUUGGGAAUCCCGGAGACAAGCCAAUUAAAGUACAUUUCAAAACUUC